CUUACUCUCUCCAGACUCCAGGAGCCCUCUACGCAUCUCCGAUUCCAUCUCUCUUACGACUCUUCAUCAUAUUCACACGGGACAAAGAACCCCCAUUUCCUUGAUUUCUCUCUUUAUUCUUUCUGGGUUUGGUGACAGAAUACAGAAACAAUUUAUCUGUUUCCAUGGCUGAUGCCACAAAGCACCUCUCCAUCAAUGGAGGGACUCUCUUCUCAGACUUCAAGACCCUCCUCCCUCUCUCCAAACCUAAGAAAACCACUGUGGCUUUUCUUUAUGGGUUCGUCUUUGCCUUCAUUUGUUUCACUGUUUUUCUGGCAUUCAAUCCUUCUUCUAAUUCCUCUUCUCCUUGGUUCUCCAACAUCUUCAGUACUGAUUUUAGUUCCAAUAGCUCAACACGAUCUGAUUCCGGUGAAUCUCAUUUUUCUUCUCUUUUCUCUUAUUUCUUUCCCGACAACACAUUUGAUUCUCAAGAAUCUAAAAACAUCUCUUCUAGUGUGGCCGUACCUCCCUCUUCUAUUCCUCCACAAUCCAAUGUAACCAGAUCUAGUGUGAUUGUAGCUCCAUCGUUUUCUUCUUCCAGUGCAAAUACAACACUAUCCAUUGUACAAAACAAUACCCAAAUAGUUCAUGAACCAAAUGAAGUUACUGGUUUGCAGAAUCAGACGGCAGUCCCUCCCAGCGUGAAAGGAGUGCCACCCAAUGCAAAUACAACUACGACUACGCAGAGGGUUUCUGAUAAAGGUGAUGGUUUGAAUGCAAAUCAAACAAUGGUUGGAGCACCAGGAGUCCCUAUAGUGGCUAAUUCUGGGGAAGGAGAGAAGGGAGUUGCAGAGAAGGGCUUGAAAUCGAAUUAUUCUGCUUCGUUACUGAAGAAACAGAGCAAUGGGACUGAUUCAGGAGUGUCGGUGGAGCAGGAGAAGCAGAAUGUUUUACAAUCUCUGAUGAAUUGCAAUUUCUUUGAUGGUGAAUGGGUCAUAGACGAUUCAUAUCCUCUGUACCAACCUGGAUCUUGCUCGCUCAUCGAUGAGCAGUUCAAUUGUAUCAUUAAUGGGCGGCCAGAUAAGAAUUACCAGAAAUACAAAUGGAAGCCCAAGGGAUGCACUUUACCAAGGUUUAACGGGGCUCACAUGCUGGAGCUGUUGAGAGGAAAGCGGCUUGUUUUUGUCGGUGAUUCGCUAAAUAGAAACAUGUGGGAAUCUCUAGUCUGCAUACUUAGAAACUCAGUGAAGGAUCAAAGCAAGGUUUUUGAAGCCAAAGGAAGACACCAUUUCCGAGGGGAAGCUUCAUACUCUUUCGUAUUCAAAGAUUACAGCUUUACUGUAGAGUUCUUUGUAUCUCCUUUCUUGGUUCAAGAAUGGGAAGUGCAAGACAAAAAUGGAGCAAAGAAGGAGACGCUUCGGCUUGAUUUAGUAAGCAAGUCUUCCGAUCAGUUUAAAGGUGCCGAUAUCAUCAUCUUCAACACCGGUCAUUGGUGGACUCAUGACAAAACAUCCCGAGGGAAAGAUUAUUACCAAGAAGGUGGCCAUGUCUAUGAAGAAUUGAAUGUUGUUGAGGCAUUUCGGAAAGCGUUGACAACAUGGUCAAGAUGGGCUGAUGCCAAUAUUAAUCCAAAGAAGUCCAUGGUUUUCUUUAGGGGUUACUCCGCUUCCCAUUUCAGUGGUGGACAGUGGAAUUCCGGUGGUGCUUGCGACCAUGAGACUGAGCCAAUAAAGAAUGAAAAAUAUCUAAGGCAUUAUCCGUCCAAGAUGUUGGUAUUGGAGAAGGUGCUUAGGAACAUGAAAACAAAUGUCAUCUACCAAAACAUUACACGAAUGACGGAUUUCCGAAAGGAUGGUCAUCCGUCAAUGUAUCGGAAGCACAACCUGUCGGAGGUGGAAAGGAGGUCGCCAAUGCAUUACCAGGACUGUAGCCAUUGGUGCCUUCCUGGCGUGCCUGAUGCGUGGAACGAGAUUCUCUAUGCCGAGCUCCUAGUUAGAGUUAACCAGAAGGGACAGUGAUUGAGGUAAAAUCAUAGGUAGAACCAGUACAGUUUUUUUUGUUUCAAUUUUGAGAAUACAUGAACAAACAAACAUGAAGAAGAAUAUCCAAGGAAGAAACAUCCUCCUAGACAAAGUCAUAUGAAAGAGAUGAGUAUUAUUAUUUUUGAGUACUCAAAUCUGUGAGUAGUAUAUUUAUUGGUUUUAUGUGUAUAAGAAAAGAGAGGAGAAAGGGAGAAUGGGUUGUUAUUUCAGUUGGUUAUUGGAUCAAAAUCUUUUCUCUGCUUCA